AUUCGCGCAUUUAUAUCUCUACGUUCUUCAGUCGUUUCGCUUUCAACAGACGCAAAUAUAACCCAGCUCCCUCUUUCGCCGGAUUUAUAAUUAAAACUCGAAACUCGAAAGGGUUGGGUCAUUAUACCGUUUGUUCUUCAGCCAUUCCGCUACCCAAACCCCCCGGAGACCAAUAGCGAUCUCUGCAAUUCCACUCCAAGGAGACCCAGACACCCUGAUCCUUUACAGGUGACUCACAAAAAUUGUCAAGAUCGCUGUUUUUCUGAUGUGAUAGGUUUAAGUAACUGCACCAGAUAGAUUCAUUGCAACUUAGAAAAGAAGGAAACUACUGAGUGUGUCUCCGUGGUUUUUUUGGUCUUUUUGUUGGGUUCUUCGUCGUAUUUUUUCUGUUUUUUUUCUUCUAUAAAAUCUUUUCUUGUUGGUUGUAAGAGAAUGCCAUUCAUUCUGUCACUUUUCUUAUGUCAGAUCAACAUGUUUUAGUCGAAUCCUUUUUUUUGGCUAUGUCAUGGUUGUUGUUCAUAUUUGUUAAAAAUUCAAUAUUGUGAAAUCAUCAUUCUUUGAUUCACAUAUGUUGAACUGUGACUAUGCUACUGAAGGAUCUGUUAUGUUUAUUAAUUUAUUUUCCCAUAACAAAAUUAUACUUUCUAGAAUUAUGACUCUUAUUAAUGUUUAACAAUUAUAUGUUUGUGUAGGUUAUACAGAAUCAUUUAAAGUGGAAUACAAAAAACAGAUCCCAACAUCAAAAUAUGAAUGCUUGUAUUUGUUUUCAUGGUUAUGUUAAUAGAACAAUCAGAGCAGUCAACAGCUCCUAGCAAUUUGGAAAAAAUAGAAAAAAGCCAAAGGUCAAUAUAUGGUCAAAGGAUAGAAUUAUGCACAACAUUCAGCUAAAGAAGUUGAUGAAUGUGUACUCUGAUAGACACAAGGAAACUCCUGAUAAGUAAGGGAGAUGUAGCAGUUUCCCAUGAAAACCUGAUUGCAAAUGUUACUGUUGGAAGUCCUGAAAUUAACUUCUAUCCAUUCGAUGUUUUGAUAAAUUAUGGCUCAAGCAUCCUUUGGAGGUUGAAGAGGAACACACAUAUGUUUUUAAUUUUUUUUGGGUAAAUUUCAGGAAAUAGCAACAUGCCUCAUUCUUUUUUUUACCAAUAUAGGAAAUAUGCUUUAUUUUUACUGACAAUAGCAAUGUGUAACCCAUAUUACGAUACUUACAAUUCUGCACUCAUUAUGGCAAUAUUCUUAUCUCUUUACGAAUAAUGGCAAUAUGCUAAUAUUGCUUUUAUUGGGUAACAAUAUAAGCACAUUGCUAUAUAAGUUCUACAGUGGUCAAACAUUUUGGAUUAUGAAGGCCUGGUCAUGGAUCCAAAUGCUUUAAAAAAUAGAAUUAUUCUAUGGGGAGGUUUGGAAAUUUUAAUUGGGAUCUUAUUCAUACGAUUCGACAUAUGCAGAGAGGAAGGGUUUGAUCAAGAAAGAUGUGCAAAGUAGAAUGCUAUGAGGCAAAAAGGUUUUUGUGGGAGGAGUUGAGCACCUUCAUCUAUACGGAAGCCAAGCAACUUGGGUUAAGCUAAGCUUGUAUCAUUUUUAAAACUUAUUACUCAGGGUAGUAACAACCAUCACCAUUUUCGUCCACCAAAACCAGAUAAUGUUGCUACAAUAUGUUAUACAACUGGGACACGAAAGUAAGGGGGAUGUAGCAGUUUCCUAUGAAAACCUGAUUGCAAAUGUUGCUGUUGGAAGUCUUGAAAUUAACUUCUAUCCAUUGGAUGUUUAUGCAUAUCUUAUCCUUCUAUGGCACACAUCAGAUAUAUAAAAGGUCCAACCAGAUCGUAUUGAUGUGUACUUUGGUGCCUCAUUUGGAAAUAUCAAGGAGUAAGAAACUUCAAGUUAAGGUUCUUUUUCCAAAUUAAGUUUGACUUUUUAGGGGACUUGAAAUGCUCUAAUUUGGCAGAUUUUUCAAACUAUAAUGCUAUAUUAGGAUAAAAAAUGAAAGUAGAUUGCUAUUUCUUGCAUUUAAAGCAAUAUUGAUGUAUAUUAUCCGUGUUUCAAAAGUAAUUCAGAAGACGAUCAUUAGUCAGAGUUUUUGAUGGUCAUGGUCAAAUACUCAAAGUCAAAAUCAUGGUCAAAAUGGAAGGAGGAGAAACAAUUGAUCCAGUGUCCUCUCAAAAUGCCCUCUGUAGUUCCCAAUAAAGUCCCUGAGGGUACCUCUUGAGGUCAUUCAUUAUUAAAAGUAAAUUUCAUUUAUUUUUUCAAAAAUAAUUAGGCUUUGUCUUAAUGAAAAAGUUAUUAUUUUUCAUUUAUUUAUUAUCACUGGUAUGGGAAAGCAAUGGCAGCAUCCUUUGAUAAAGAAAUGUUAAUCAAUCUUUUUUUUUUUCUUUUAAACAUUAAAAAAAAUGUUAUCAGUCAUUUGGUAAACAUGAAGACCCCUGGGAUUCUUCGGUUGUCAAUGCAGAUUAAAGAGAAGCUGAAAGAAGUUGAUCAAAAUGGUAAAUUUUUUUGGUAGCAAUUAACAAAUUUAGAUAGUACAAAAUGCAACUUCAUAAUUUUAACUAGACAAUAGUACAAUUCCAUUAUAAUGUUUGGCAUGCCAUAAAAUAUUACAUGCAUUAAAAUGGAACAAAUUAACCCCAUAGGAACCAAAUUCAUUUUAUUUCUAGUGAAAAAAUGAAAAUAAGAAUUUAAUAUUGGUUUCGAAGUGAAAAAAUAAAAAUAAGAAUUCAAUAUUGGUUUAUUCUUGAAUCUGUACUUUAAAUCUAUUACUACAUCUGAUGUGUUAGCAUAUCCAGCUGAUUUGAGGAAAAAAAAGUUUAUAUCAGGUUGUUUAUUGUUCCUUAUAUAAGGCACAUUACCCUUCUUUUCUUUUUUCAAUAAGUGUUGCACUGGUAAAGUGCUACCUGGAUAAUGAUGCCUUAAAGUUCCUGAAAUUUGUGUCUAUAUCUGUCCUACUUGAUAAAAAAUGCUUUCAUAUGGUGUAUAAUUCAAUCAAUCUAUUUUUUUACGUUAAAAUUUCACUUAAAUUAAAAGUUAUUGAUUUGAAAUUCAUUAUUAAGAAAAGGAGUAAAUUACGCGAAUGGUCCCUGUGGUUUAGUGUAAAUUACACGCUUGGUCCCUAACUUAUUUUUCUAACUCGGACUGUCCUCAACUUUUAAUUAUGUAACCCGCCUGGUCCCUAUUCUCACAUUCCGUCAAUUGUUUCCGUUAGACACCCCACGUGCCUUGCACGUUGGGGGUAUAAAAGUUUUUUCACAUAUCCAAUGUUAUACCGCUAAGAAAAAAAAGGACGUAUCGUUGAUCAACGUGAUCAGACACAAGCUUCACAGACAAAACCUUUGAAAACCCUUUGAAAACCCUUGAAAACCCUUGAUCGAAAGAACCCUACAUUUGAAAACGACGAUGGCGCCUUGGAGGAUACGUGCUACCAUGGACGAGAUUGACGUUGCUCGUAGAUAUGCCGGACAUCCGACGAUAUUCUCUGUCCGAUUACACCAUGGUGGACAGUUUACAAAGUUCCCUGGAAGAAAAUACAUCAAAGGCAAGCAAAAUUAUGUUGAUUUACUAGACAUUGACACCUUUUCCAUUCAUGACAUUGACGAGAUUAUGGAGGAACUUGGGCAUAUUGAUUCAGACGAAACACUACUCUAUUAUCAUUUCCUGAGACCAUUUGGCGAUUUGGAUUUUGGGUUAUUUGCUUUGGGUUCAGAUCAGGAUGUUCAUCAUCUGGGUACGUAUGUUGCUAACCAUAAGCUAAUAGAUGUAUAUAUUGAGCAUGGGAAAACAAAUUUACAUACUUAUUCUAUGUCCCCCAACCCUAGUAAGGUUAAAAUUGUUGAAAUUAAAGAGCCACCAGCUUGCUCCAAACAAUUGUUUUUGGAGUGGAAUGACUCUCCAAUUGAGCAUGAGAGUGUUCCAGACCUAACAGAAGUUGAGAAUGAUAGUCAUUUGGACAAAGAACCAUCUUUGGUCGACCAUAUUGAAUUUGAAAUGAAUGUAGAGAAUGACGAUGAUUAUGAUGGUAGUGGAUACAACAAUGGCAGUGGAAAUGAUGAGUUUGAUGAUGAUAGUGAGAGUGAAGAUAGUGAUUUUUUUAUUGAUGAGGACAAUCUCAUACACGAUGUUGAUGUGGACAUGAAAGAUUUCCAUAUGAACAUUGACAAGGAUGUAGAAUGGUUGGAGGUUCUUCUGAAAGUAAUGUACCUGAAGAUACACAACAAGGUGACUUAGAAGUGAUCAACACAGAGGUUUUGUUGUCUGGGUCUUCAUCAGAUGAGGCAAAUGAUGGUAAGCGAAGGAAAACUAUUAGGGCCAUACAGAGGGCUUAUGAAAAUGAUGCAGCUUUGGUUAGUGAGCCCUUCUACAUUUUUCAAACUUUCAGUUCAUCUAAGGACUUUAAGACACAAGUGAAACUACAUUCCAUAAGGACAAGAAGGGAAAUACAAUUAGAGAAAAAUGAUAAGAAUAGGGUUAGGUUUGUGUGUAAGGGCACUAUACCAAAUCUUGCUACUAAUGAAGAAGAGAAAUGCCCAUGGGUUAUAUAUUGUAGUAAGUGGAAGCGUGACAUAGAUUGGAUGGUUAAGACAUACACGAAGGAGCAUCGAUGUCUACAAACAAGGAAAGUCAAAGCAUGUGACUAUAAGUUCCUUUCAGAGCAUAUAGUACAAGUUAUUGAGACAAACCCAAAGAUUCCUAUUAGGGCUUUACGAGAGCAACUCCAACGUGAGUACCAGAUGGACAUUUUGCAUAUGAAAACUUUUAGGGCAAAGCAGCAAGCUUUAAAGCAUGUUCAAGGAGAUUAUGUCAGCCAAUACAGGUUGUUAAGGGACUAUGUUUUAGAGGUACAAGCACGUAACCCAGAUACUACGGUUAAAAUUGAUGUUGAAAGUGAAGCGAAUCCAACUGUUGAGACAAGAACAUUCAGGCGUAUCUAUGUUUGCAUUGGAGCUUUGAAGCGAGGUUUUGCAGCGGGAAGAAGGGACUUUCUUGGACUUGAUGGAGCCUUCGUGAAAGGUCCAUAUCCCGGCCAAGUUUUGUCUGCUGUGGCAUUGGAUGGUAAUAAUGGGAUAUAUCCUUUAGCUAUGCUGUGGUUGAAUCAGAAACAUUGAAUUCUUGGACUUGGUUUUUAAGUAAUUUGGGUGAUGACUUAGGUUUGGGAACAAAUUCUAAUUUCACGUUUAUGAGUGACAGACAAAAGGGUUUGUUGUCUGCGAUUGCAACACUAUUUCUAUGUGCAGAGCAUCGCUAUUGUCUUCGUCACAUACACGACAACAUGAAAAAGAAUUGGAGGGGAAAGGUGUUUAUGAGUGGCUGAAACGAAUACCUCCUCAAAGUUUAACAAUGAUGCUUAUGAAAAACUAAAGAAGCUUAACAAUGAUGCUUAUGAGUGGCUGAAACGAAUACCUCCUUAAAGUUGGGCUCACUCCCACUUUACUGGUAUAAUGAUGCUUUUGGGAAUGUGCCACGACCUCUAAUGUACAACACUUUCAUCAUGCAAUGGAAAAACUAAAGAACCUUAACAAUGAUGCUUAUGAGUGGCUGAAACGAAUACCUCCUCAAAGUUGGGCUCGCUCCCACUUUACUGGGAGAGCACAUUGUGAUGCUCUAACUAAUAACCUGUGUGAAGCAUUCAACAGCAAGAUAGAAGAUGGUCGUGAUGCACCAAUUAUUAACUGCAUUGAUGCACCAGAGAGUACAUUAUGAAGAAGAUAGUCAAAGUUGACAAGGAAAUUUAGAAAGUUGUAGGUCCUUUGACUCCUACAGCUACAACAAUAUUGGAUAAGAUAAAGAGUAAGGCAGAACAGUAUGUUGCAACAUUUUGUGGUGCUGGAAAAUAUCAAGUUGCUGGACCAUGGCAAGAUCAGUGUAUUGUGGAUGUAGGUCAACAAAGUUGCACGUGCAAAAGGUGGGAAUUAACAGGAAUUCCGUGCAAACAUGGUGUGGCUGCUAUUUGGGACAUGGGGAGGAAUGACAAAGAUGUGGGAAUCCCAGAAUCAUUUGUGCAUCCAUGUUACUGGUUAUCAAGCUGGAAAAAGAUGUAUUCUUUUAAGGUUAGCCCAAUCAAUGGAAGGUCCAUGUGGGAGAAGUCAGCUAUACCAACAACUCUGUUGCCUCCAAAACAUCGUGUUCCCAUAGGAAGACCAAAGAAGAAGAGAACAAUAUCAAUUGUGGAAAAGGAGGACUUUGUUAGAGGAAACACAGCAUCGAGGGCCCAUAGAUCAGUAACAUGUAUGAAGUGUAACAAUGUUGGUCACAAUGCAAGAACCUGCAAAGGGCAAAGACCAAUUGUUGGUGGGGGUGGUGGACAAUCACAAGUCAAAGGAAAAGGGAAAGGGAAGGCAACCACUUGAUGGUUUGUAAUAGGGCUAGUCUUUUGUUACUUUAAAUAUGAAUGGAUUGUGUUAUGUUACUGCUUGUAAUAGGGCUAAUAUUUUGGUACAUUAUUUAUGAAUAGUUUGUAAUAGGGGCAGUAUUUUGAUACUUGUUUUAGCCAAUAUGUUGGCACUUUUGGAUGAACUAGUUUGUCACCCUCAUUGCCCUGUAAUAGCUUGGUACUAAUUAAUGGAAUGUUUUCUUCU